AUGCAUCCAUCAAGCCAGCUACGGCGCCAUCUCCUCCUGAUACUACGCCAACAAGCAUGUCUCCACACCCAAAUCCAACAGCAACGAAACAUCCAAAUCCCAUCAAACGCCCCACACAUAUCUAAAUCCCUCGCCAUUCCACCCGCAUACCCGCCAGAUGUAAAAGCCCGUCUAGACUCCUUAAUACCACCCUCAUAUCUCCCAACACCAUCAUCAAACCCACCAACAUCAGAAAAUCCAGACCUCCCAAACAUCACAAUCAAGCACCUCAUAGCAUCAGGUCUGCAUCUCGGCCACUCGACAGAUCUGUGGCAUCCCAACAUGCUGCCCUACAUCUACGGCAGCCGUCUCGGCAUCCACAUCAUAAACCUCGAGCAUACUAUAACGCAUCUCCGUCGUGCGGUACACGUAACGCGCGAGAUCGCCGCUGCUGGAGGCAAGAUAUUAUUCGUAGGUACACGUAAAGCCAUCCAUAAAAUCACGUAUGACGCCGCGGUAUCGUGUGGAGGGUUUUAUACGCUCAGUUGGGUUGGGGGAUGUAUAACAAACCGUGAGAGGGUGCUUCGCAGGUCGUCGAACUUUGAUCCGGAUAAGGUCAUACAGCCCCCUGCUGUCCCUGGUGUCGACGAUAUGGAUGUGUCUACUGAGGGCAUGAGUGGUGUGUUGGGGAGUAAGAGGCAGCCAGUGGUGCAUGUACCCGAUUUGAUUAUAUGUCUGGACUAUCCAAACACGUUUUGGGCUGUGCAUGAAGCGAAUCAGGCACAUAUACCGGUUGUGGCGAUAUGUGAUACGGAUUGCGAUCCGACGAGGGUGCAGUAUCCGAUUGCGGGGAAUGAUGAUGCGGUUAGUAGUGUUGAGUUUGUGGCGGGGUUGUUGAGUAGGGCUGCUUCUGAGGGGGCGCUUAUGAGGGCCAGGAAGAGCGUUGAUCGGUUUAUGGCUCCAAAGGGCAAAGGUAGUAGAGGUGGUAGACCAGGUUUUGUUGGUGGUGGUGGUGGUAAAAGUGGUAAUUAUGGUAGGAAGAGUGAUGCCGGAAGACAAUAG